AUGGUAGUAGAUACACGAUGUCACUCUUUCGAGGAAUCCUCGGCAGCAGGCGACAGCCGCAACACCUCAUUCUUGUUCAUUUCUCGGUCCAAGUCUAGCAGAGACAAUGGACCUGUCCAACUAACCGAAUUUGCCACAAUCACUUUACCACUCUUGGAAUCGCCAGCCGGUUUUCAGAUAUCACUAUCCCAACAGCCUCGAGCCAAUGCUCAGGCGAAUUCGCCACCUUGUUUCAAUGACAACAAGACUGCAUCUCCAGAAAGGGGCCACGCUGCAACGGGAUUCCCAGCAAGGAAUACCUUUGGCGGUCCCGCCUCCCCGGACAGAUUCAUCCCAAAGCGCGCGUUUGUCGAUCCUCCUUCAACUUCAUACCGUGUGAGCAAACCCCCACAGCAACUGUCUGCUCAACAGAAAUUGCUGCGGCAGCGUCUACCAGGUAAUGAUCCGUUUCUGCCGCUUAGACCACGCCGUCCCGUCACUGUGCCGGGGCCGCAAAGACCAAUUCGUCUCUGGCAGAGACCGUAUCAACGGCCUCGUCUCGUCUCUGACACGGCGGCGGUAGAGAGAGCCCGCUAUGUGUCAAAUGAUCCUGCGAGGAACGUCAGUGCGGGAGCUGUCUGGGGCGUUGGAGGAGUCUCGGGAGUGUUGGGACCUCCAUCAACGUCAAUCUCCAAUGACCACCCCAACGUGUUGAGUAGAGGAACCACUGCCCCCAUAUAUGCGGCCAACUUUCUCCCUCAAAGCACCAUUGCAGACGAGCGAGACAUGCAUGAGUCACGGCUUGCACUCGCGCUAGACAUUGACCCGGCGUCUCGACUGCUUGAUACUUGCAUGCUAUCCGCUGGCCGUACUACACCUCCCAGUCCGGCGUCUUCACAUCAUGAGCGUUGUUCUCCUUUUGUCUGGAAGGACAAUGCUUGGAAGAAAGUUGAGAGGGGUCAUUGGCCUACAAAUCCUACCAAAGGAGAGGUUGUCCCGCCUAAACCAUUCCGAAUCCUAGAUGCACCGUUUCUGCGCAAUGACUUUUAUUGCUCGACUCUCGCUUAUUCUUUUACUUCUGGCGUGCUUGCUGUCGGUCUUGCUCAGCAUGUCUAUCUCUGGUCGGAACGGUUCGGGGUGGAGCAUCCGCCUUUUGGAGAUAUGGAACCAUCAAAUUAUGUGACUUCCUUGUCUUUUUCUUCUGAGAUCGGCCGAAAGAGUAUCCUGGCGGUUGCUCGUCAGUCAGGCCAAUUAUCCUUGUGGAGCAUCUUCGAUUCAGAGAUCCGUUUUGAACUCAAUCAUUCUGCCAACAUCACCUGCGUCUCAUUCAAGCCCAAAACUACGCGCAGACCUUCAGUAAGAUUUGAGGAUCUGGAAGUCGAGGCAGAGGAUCUCGUGGUGGGCGAUGAGGUUGGGGAUGUCUGGUACUACUCAGUCGACUGGUCCGAUGGUGAGUUGCAGAACCAGUUGGGCUGGAAAGGGUCCAUUACAUUACUCGUCAAGAUCUCGGCACACACCCAGCAGGUCUGCGGUCUGGCCUGGUCUCCAGAUGACACUUUCAUUGCCACGGGCGGCAAUGACAAUUCCUGCCUUCUCUUCGAGUUGAACGAGCUCAUCUCAUCGCAGAAAUUGCCCUCGUCUGCCGUAUCUAUCGAGUCCACGAGAGCCAGUCCGAACAUUUUCCAGUGUAUUACGUCAAGCUCCGAACGACGAGGGCUAUUCAGAACCCGUCACUUUUUCAAUCAUUGGCCGCCGUUGUGGAUGAACAGUCUUUCGAGCCCGCCAUCUGAAGCACCGUCUCUGUCAGAAACCGUAUGGCCUGGCAGCGGGCGAGCUACCCUGGUGCCAUAUAACAGCCAGAAGCAUCGGCUGAAACACGCAGCAGCAGUCAAGGCAAUUGCAUUUGCGCCAUGGCAACCCUCGCUACUCGCAACAGGCGGAGGCACCAACGACGGAGCCAUUCAUUUCUACCAUACCCGAACGGGAGCUUGUCUCGCAACCAUCAACGUGUUCGCCCAGGUAACCAGUCUGAUCUGGAGCCAGACACGACGUGAGAUCGUUGCUACAUUCGGGUUCGCACUGCCCGAACACCCCUAUCGAAUUGCCAUCUUCGCCUGGCCAAGCUGUGCUCAAGUCGCCGUGAUCCCAUGGGGCCCGUACGGGACCAGCUGGGACGGACAGCAUCGUGGAGCGGGCUACGACUGCGGAAGAGCACUGUGGGCAGUCAGUUACCCAGGACGACCACCUCCCCAUGUUUCCGCUACACUCGACGACUGGGACAGUCUACAUCCUCCACUCUCGCCAGAGCGUGUACCACCGAUCACCAAACGCAGGAACAGGAGGAGCCGCAGGUACUGUCCGGGACCUCUGAGGAUCCGUCCCAAAGAAAAAGAAGGAGGGAUGUGGUGCACGGGGACCAGGGAGGAAGGAUGCAUCAUCGUCGCAUCCAGUGAUCAGACAGUCAAGUUCCACGAAGUCUGGAGUGGGCGCAGAAAGAGCAUUGGGUCUGCUUGCGGACUGCUGGGAGGAAGCGAUAUCCUAGAGGGUCUGGAGGGGAUCGAGAAAUCCGGAAGUGAAGUCAUUCGUUAG